CAUAACACGGAAGCAGUCGACAGUGGGGUGCACGAGAGGUGCAGACACGGGGAGGGAGGUGAAGACAGGCCGAAUAAAGAAAGAGAAGGAUUAAAGACAAACAAGGCGGUUGAACCAGGUGCAGAGAGCUAAACAGGUGAACAGGUGAACGAAGGACGCAGACAUCAUGGCGCUGAUCCCCUCGCAGGUCCUCCGGGUCGCCAUCCUGCUGUCCUACUUCUCCAUCCUCUGCCACUACAAAGCGCUGGACAUGCCGGCGCACCAGACCUACGGAGGCAGCUGGAAGUUCCUGACCUUCAUCGACCUGGUGAGACAUGCAGCAUCGUUUCAUUGAUGUUGUCUAACCCCCCAAAAACACUCCCACACGCGGUGAGUUCGCUGCAGCUUCGUGGGUUGUAAAUGAUUACGCAGCGUUUCCGCCUCCCCGUCCUCUUUGUUUCCGGUGUUGUUAAUGUCACCGUUAAACCGGUUUGUGGUGUUCACGUUCUGGACUCUCUACCUGUACGACAGAGAGCUGGUCUACCCCAGACUACUGGACAACUUCAUCCCUCAGUGGCUCAACCACGGCAUGCACACCACCGUUCUGCCCUUCAUCAUCAUCGAGAUGCGGACCACCAACCACCGGUACCCCAGCAGGUCGUGGGGUCUGGCAGCCGUGUGCUGCUUCGGCGUGGGAUACAUCCUCUGGACGUGUUGGGUGCACCAGGUGACGGGUGUGUGGGUGUACCCGGUGCUGGAGCGCAUCACUCCGCUGGCUCGAGUCGUCUUCUUCAGUGCGAUGACGGCGGUGAUUUGUGUUUUCUACACCCUCGGAGAAAUCCUCAACAGCUACAUCUGGGACCAGCCACACACAGUAAAGGUGAAAGGUGAGUGAUCCUCUCCCGGCUGUGCGGGCGUCGAGGUCGGCCCCGCCCACCCAGGACGGCACAAGAACAAGAAAAACAAGCGAACUUCUCCAGGAAGUGUGAAGAUAACACCGUUAACCUUUGAACUUUACCCAAUAACAACAACAUAGAAACAGUUCAAUGUAAAUAUAGAAGGAAAGGUGACAAAUGAAGGCGAAAAUACUCAUCUUUUGGCUGUGUUAUGUGGAGAAAAGUGGAUAAAACACACAAACACACACCUACAUAAAACAAACUUAAACACUGAAAUACUGCACACACACACAUAUUUACACUAUUUGUAAUCUGCUUUUCUGGUAUGAACUACUAUCAAAGUGAAUCAUCAGCUACUGCGAAUCCACUGACCAUCAGUAAUGUGUUGAACGUCAUUAUUGUUCAUCGUAGGAGUCACACUUCAUGUCUGGAAGAAACUACAUGUUGGUACAAAAUCAAUAAAGCUUGAGUGGAAAA